AUUCACAGGGUCGGGACAAUGAAGUCGAGAUAUUCAGUAUUUGUGAUUAUUGUGUUUUUAUCAUUUGCGUGGAGUCGAGAAAUAUAUUCAGGAAAUGAUAUUGAUAUAGAACGCAUACAAGGGGUUUGGUUCCUGACGUUUGGAGUAGAUUACUGGUCCUGGAAUGUUCUGUGGAAAUGUCAUAUUAUUGCUCCUUUCAACGUAACAGAUAAUAGAAUGAAUCUUGGCACCUAUAAUUUUUUCAAGAAUAAAUCAAAGGCCCCGCUUUCCGUCAUUGACGAAGUCAAGCGCGAUUCUCAGGGUCAGUUUUGGAUGAAAGGGCCUAAUGAAAAAAUAUGGGAAAACUUAGACACAAAGCUGUUUGGAAAUAAGAGAAAACCUAUAUCGAACAUGGAACAUCCUUCUCAAGAGGAACCCUGGUUCUUCACUUCUCCGCACUUUUAUGCGACCGACUACUUUACUUUCAUCAGUACACUGAUGAUAAUGGACGAUGAUCGGAAGCUUUUCCAAAUUUAUACCAGGAAUCCUACAAUAAACGAUGGAGAUAUUUCAGAGUUCACAACACUCGCAGUUGAACAAGGAGUUGAUCCAACCACUUUAACGACAUUCGGAUGUGGCGAUCUUAACCCGUCGGAAUUCAUGUCAGCCUAAUAAUGUUCUACAAUCGUCGACGUCACAAGACAUUUUGUUUUCUGUUCUCACAUUCAUGUAUUUAUUUGGUAUAUAUAUAUAUAU